CAUGCGCACGGCGCCGCCUUACCUGCAAGAUGGCCGACACGGCACCCGGAGGUUCCAGCACGAGGUCGGGCAGCAAGCACGCAACCACACCGGCGGAUAACUAUUACCUGGCUCGGAGGAGGACCCUGCAGGUGGUGGUCAGCUCCCUGCUCACCGAAGCCGGCUUUGAGAGCGCUGAAAAGGCUGCGGUGGAGACGCUGACGGAGAUGUUACAGAGCUAUAUUUCUGAAAUUGGAAGGAGCGCCAAGUCUUACUGUGAACACACAGCCAGAACCCAGCCUACGCUCUCCGAUAUAGUGGUUACUUUAGUGGAAAUGGGGUUCAAUGUUGAAACGCUUCCUGCAUAUGCAAAGCGCUCCCAGAGGAUGGUCAUCACUGCCCCUCCUGUGACAAACCAGCCCGUGACUCCCAAAGCCCUGACAGCUGGACAGAACAAGCCGCAUCCAUCCCACAUCCCUGGCCAUUUUCCUGAGUUUCCAGAUCCUCACACCUACAUCAAGACACCAACAUACCGAGAGCCGGUAUCUGAUUACCAAGUCCUACGGGAAAAGGCAGCAUCUCAAAGGCGUGAUGUGGAAAGAGCUCUCACACGCUUCAUGGCUAAGACGGGAGAAACACAGAGUCUCUUCAAAGAUGACGUUAGCACGUUCCCAUUGAUUGCUGCCAGGCCUUUCACUGUACCCUACCUGACAGCUCUUCUCCCCUCCGAGCUGGAAAUGCAACAAAUGGAAGAAACAGAUUCAUCUGAACAAGACGACCAGACAGACACAGAGAACCUUCCCCUGCAUAUGAGCACGGAUGAUUCAGGACCUGAAAAAGAGAACGCUUCAGUGUUACAGCAGAACACCUCCCUGUCUGGCAGCCGGAAUGGGGAAGAGAACAUGAUAGACAAUCCUUACCUCCGGCCAGUGAAAAAGCCCAAGAUUCGCAGAAAGAAGUGAACCGUAGUCAGCUGGCUGCUAAAAUAAAAAGGAGCCCAGUUCUCUGACUGUUCUGGGGGUCACCUCUGCUGCUGCGGGUGAGAGGCAUCACGGAGCAAGACAGGAGAGGCAAUCCCAUGGAGUGGCAGAAGCAGAGGAAUGAUCUCUGUCUGCCUAGCGAACUACACUCUCAUCAUGGUUUGCAGUGCUCCCUCUUUCCCCUCCGCUGUCCUGCUGACUUGGAAUGGUCAAUGGUCAAUUGCCUUAAAAGCGGUGAAGGCCACCAGGUUACAGAUGGGAAUUGUCUCGUUUACUUUGCUUUGUCUCACUGUCGGAGAGAUUUGCUCUCUGAAGAGGCAAGGGACACAAAGGUUCUUGCAGCACAGUGCUUCCCAGCAGGCUCUACAGAACACAAAGGCAUAAUUCAUUUCUGGCUGUCUCACAGGCUAGAAGAGAAACUUCUGCAAUCAACCCUGUCUGGCCUUAUAAUCUAAGGAGCAUGAAUUAGGAGACAGAAAAAUCCCAGAGAGGUUUCUUUCUUUGGGUUGUUGGCAGGUAAAAGCAAACAGACUUCUUUUAUAAACAAAAGGCAUCUGAUGUGCUGGUAAGAGAGUGAAGUGUAAAUAGCGAGCUAAGAUGGCAUUUUAUUCUCACUUUUCUGACUGCAGCUGCACUUCUAACUUAAAAGCGCUAAGUGUGGUGUUUACCCUGCUCUGCUUUGAGAUUAUUUUCUAGCAGUAUGAAUAGCAAGAUGUAACAGCUGCUUCAGGCUAUUUUUCAGUUCUAUUGUUAGUUUCAACACAGCACAAGUCCUUUGAGAGUUCAUGCCUCCACCAGCUGUUUUGGAAGAUGCUUGCUGAAAAACUUGGAAUAUGGAAUAAAGCUGUAUUGAUUACAGUCUGCAGGGCCAUGCUAUUGAUCACACUUUUUAAUCGUGUCACUUCUCGGAUAUGAGCUUUUAUCAACAGAAGUUGCUCUUUUUUUUUUCUUUUUUUUUUCCCCAGAGAAGAGCCUUUAUUGCAGAAGUGAAAAUAACUGCUGGUGGGAGUGUUGUAAUUGUUAUCCAGUUCUGGAGGCCUUUCUUUUAAUUUUCAUUCAGCCUUUACUUAGGGAAAAUAUGGGUUGAAUUCCUUUGACAAAAGACUUCUGUUGUUUGAUCCAGUCCCCCACGCAUGAUGAAAUGAUGUGGAUUCUGCAGUCCAUACUAUCCAUCAGCUUUUUCUCCUUCAUGCAAGUCUGUUCGGAAGGGAAGAUUGCUUUAAGCAGUAGUCAAGAUUGCACUUCUGUCAAGAUUGCACUUCUGUGGUGCUGAGAGAGGCAGUAAAGACUGGCUGCUACAGAUUACCAGACAGUUAAUUGCUUCCUGGAGUAGUAUCAGAGUGCAGGAAGUCUUUCGCAGUCACUGGGAAGAUCAGAGUUGUGUUGUGUGUACAUGUUCACCACCGUUCAGUGAAGACAUCCCCCUUCCCCCAUCACCCAGGGACCAGGAAGACAAGGAGGAAUUCUUUCAGUGAGAAUAGAAGUGUUCCUGCCAAACAAUCUGAAAUAGUAUCUAGCAAAAAAAAGUCCUGCAUGUGCCACUGCCACUUUUGCUGGUGCCUUGGUCGUACAGAAUAAAAAAUGUACAAAGAUAUUGUAUAUAUAUAUAUAUAUGUGUAUAUAUAAAAAUUUAUAUCUUUUUUUA